GCUACAUCGGACAUCACAUUCGCGCUCGUCAGAAGGUCAUCGCUACCAGAGAGGAAGAGGCAAACGAAAGGCUCCACUUUCGUCAAAAUUUGUCCAAACGAUAAUAAGCCGACCGUCUGCAUCUAAGAUUUUGAGACAACGACUCCAAUUGUAGGGGCGGAAACAAAACCAUAUUAUAAUACAGUGUCGCUAACGGAAAAUUACGGCACGUGGGGGCGGGUUACCGAUGUUUUUUUGUGUAACCCUGAUGGUACAUAAGCAGGUAGUAUGAUAACUUGCAGGUCAAUGUUGCGGUGGGUUACCGGGAGUUUAGGGCAUAUUAGUCUGCAUGUUAAUUAAGAGUAGAUCGGGGCAUUUCAUCUUGUGAUAUGUCAGGCAGUUAGUUAUUGAAUGAGAUGUCUGAUGCCUACAGUCUAGAUAGCGCACGUCAUAGACAUAAGCUACUUGCGAUACAAUUGUGUUUCAUAACGAAUUUAGUUGUCGGGAUUGUCUUUAAUUGACUUAGACAUAUCUUAGUCGUGUGUCUUAUCAAUUUCUUGGUCUAUGCUUUGUCAUAAUAUGCAGAAUAACUUUUCUGAAAUAAAGGUUUUCGUCACAUUUGGCGUAUAUGUAAAUUUUAGUGAUAUUAUCUGUUUAGUAAUACUAGCAUAAUAGCCCAUAGUGUAAUUGAAAUUGUUUGGUGGGAGUUAAAGACUACUAGCCUACAAGUUAAAAUGGGAGUGGGGUCCGAAAAUGCAGCAUCCACCACCAAACUAUCCAUUCGUCAUGGGGUAUACAAAGAGGAGACGAAUAUCGCUCUGAAAGCACCCUUAAACGUAGAGGGUAUGUUACCAAAGACAGUGGGGCACGUGACGGCAGAAAGAGCCAUCUGGGGUCGCCGCAUUGAGUUUGUCCUUGCAUCGGUGGGGUACGCGGUUGGACUUGGGAACGUGUGGCGGUUUCCAUACCUCUGCUACAGGAGCGGUGGAGGUGCCUUCCUCAUUCCUUACUUUCUCAUGCUGUUUCUGUGUGGAAUCCCUCUGCUCUUCAUGGAGUUUGCCAUUGGGCAGUAUACCCGACUGGGACCAGUGCACGCUCUAGCCAAAAUCUGCCCCUUGUUCAAAGGUGUAGGCAUUGCCACAGUCGUGAUCUCCUUUGUGCUCUGCACCUACUACAACGUUCUCAUGUGCUGGGCACUCUACUACUUCUUCAACUCAUUCCGAGCCACCUUCCCCUGGCAGUCCUGCAACAACACCUGGAAUGCUGUCGGUAACUGCUCCAUCGGUUUCCCUGGCAACACCACCCACUUGCAUUCGGCCAGUCAGCAAUACUUUGAUCACAGGCUUCUGGAGAUAACCAAUGGUAUUGAGGAGGCAGGAGGACUACGCUGGGAGCUGUUUGGACUCCUUAUCCUGGCCUGGGUCAUUGUCUACUUGUGCAUCUUCAAAGGUGUCAAAUCCACUGGCAAGGUUGUUUAUUUCACCGCCACGUUCCCAUACUUCAUGCUGUUUGUCUUGCUCAUCAAUAAUGUCCAGCUUCCUGGAGCCAAGAAUGGGAUGCUUUACUUCCUGAAGCCUAAGUGGAGCAAGCUGCUUGAUGUUCAGGUGUGGGUUAACGCUGCAGCCCAGGUAUUCAACUCCAUUGGAAUAGGAUUUGGUACCAUGAUCUCCAUGGCCAGUUACAACAAGUUCAACAAUAACAUCCUCAGGGACACAUUGAUUGUCUCCUUAGCUAACUCGGCCACCAGUAUCCUGGCUGGUUUUGUGAUAUUCUCAGCCAUUGGCUACAUGGCUCAUGUCCACAACCUCCCAGUAGACAACAUCGCCACAGAUGGUCCUGGGUUGGUGUUUGUGGUGUAUCCAGAGGUCUUCUCCACUAUGCCUCUGCCCCAGUUGUGGGCUGCUCUGUUCUUCUUCAUGCUUCUCUGCCUGGGACUGGACAGUCAGUUUGCUAUGGUGGAGGUGGCGGUGACGUCCAUAAUGGACGGCUGUGGCCCCAAGGUGCUGCGUGUCCUGAAGAGACAGGAGAUCAUCGUUCUGACUGUCUGUGUUAUUGGCUUUCUUCUAGGCAUUCCUCACAUCACUAAGGGGGGAAUGUACGUAUUCCAGCUGAUGGACCACUACACUGCUGUGGUGUCCCUCAUGUUCCUGGCCUUCUUUGAGGUCCUCGCUGUCUGCUGGGUUUUUGGACUGAGGCGGAUGACCAUCGUGAUCAAGAGGAUGUUGGGAACGGCUCCCAACAUCUAUUUCUGCUCCUGCUGGAUGUUCUUCUCCCUGUGCUGGUCAUGUGCAUUCUGAUCUCCAGCAUCGUCCAGUACACACCCGCUCGCUAUGGGAAGUCAUACACAUACCCUGUCUGGGCAGAGGUGGUGGGCUGGGGAAUCUCCCUGGUCUCCAUCGUUUGGAUCCCCCUGGGAGCCCUGCAUGAGAUCUGCAGAAAUAAGGGCACACUGAUGCAGAGGAUAAAAACAUCCAUGACUCCUACAAUAGAGUUGGACCCCGUCAACCAUCUACCAGAGAAGGAGAGAGUGGACAUCCCGGAGUCUGUUGUCUUUAUCACUCAUCUGUGAACAGAGACAAAAGCACUGUGUCUAGGUUCGUGAGUCACAUUGAGUGUGGGAGUCCUCUAUUAGGAUAGGGAGGUGGGGAGGUUGUUGGGUAGUUUAUGUAAAUAACUUCAAGUAUUUAUUCUAUGAAUCACUGAUACCAUGACACCUAACCUAUAGUGAAAUAGACAGGGUAAACAGUCAAGGUAAAGCUGCUUCCAAUAAGAUGGGCUACUGUUUGCUCAAUUAAGCAUUUUGAUAACUAAAAGACCGGUUGGAGUCUAUUCAUUGUCAUGUCUUUAUAGCAAUUUGCUUUCCAAACAGUUUUUCCCGAUUUGUAUUUUUUUUUAAGUAUUGCGAUAUGCCUGGCUGAGUCUCUGCUUGUUUUAAAUUGCAUAGCCUACAGUCGGAAGGUCCAGAAAUUUGGGCAGCGAGCGCUGCAAAUACCAAAUAGGCUAGAUUAUUGUUGAGUUGCAACUGUCAGUGAAAAAGCAGAGACUCAGCCAGGCAUAUCGCAAUAUUUAAAAAAUACAAUCGCGGAAAAACUGUUUUGUGUUGACAGGAUCAAGCUAAUUAGGCUAUAUCAUUUUGGCAAUUUAAUUAAAUGUACUUUAGGGAUAGCUUAGCUUCCCAUAGCCUUUUGUACACGCCGCCUAUGCCUUUUAAUGUGGCAUAAACACAACGUUUUCAUAUAAUUGUCAAACAAUGACUUAACAACGGCGCUCUAGUAGGCUACACGCGCACGCACAUCCGUCCAAUCCAAACCCCAUCAGUGCAACUGCAAUUUGAUGAAUGGAAAGAGACAUCUGUUAUAAAACAUCUACGUGUAUUGUAAUGACAUUCUGUGAUUGUCAUUAGGCCUACACUUGUAGCCUGAAUUGAUGCAUCCACUGUUGUCCACGCGCGCCUCAGUGUCCGCCACUCAUCUCAGCCUUUACAAAGUGGAGGCUAAGUGUUCUCCUCAAACCACAAUGCAAUUUGGCGCAUAUACCACCCAGUUUCAAGUCAAAUCACAAAUUGUUCAUGCUGCUGACAUGCAGUAAUGUUAAAUAAUGGUGUAAUAGACUCACGUUUUACUAGUACGGCGUACCCCCAAUAUUUAAUUUGCCAGGACGCGGUACCGCCUUACUUUCACCCCUGAUUAUGAUAUGGUAAAACAUCAUAUUCAUCAUGCCACAAGACUAUGAACUCCGGAGGACAACUCGUCCCUCUGGUAAAUCUCUUCAAUCAGCUAUUCUCUCCGCUGGACCUAACACAUUGUGUCUACGAACAUAAAUUGGCGAACAAUUUUCACCAAAUGUAAAAGCCAAUGUAGCCAAUACACACACACACACACACACACACGGGAUAGCCUCUGAUAGCGCCAUAUUUCAUAUCAUCCGAAAAAAAUGACACACUGAUCAACUCAGCUCAGCCUUAGACCGAUGAAGCAUCCACAGUUACAACCAAUAGGUGGCUGCUCAAUGCAACAAAUGAUGGCUAGGCAAAUCAGCGGGAAAACAAACCUUUCCCUUUCACCAGAUCGAUUACAUGGACUAAGGUCCACAUUGAAUCAACAUCGUCACCUUGUGGCCAAGGUUUUUACUCACAGUGAGGUCAGAUGAGGCUCAGGUGAAUAUUGAUCAACAAAGUAAAAAUCCCUCGUUCUGCCCCUGAACAAGGCAGUUAACCCACUGUUCCCCGGUAGGCCAUCAUUUUAAAUAAGAAUUUGUUCUUAAAACUGACUUGCCUAGUUAAAUAAAGGUUUUAAAAAUAUAUAUGCAAUUAGAUGUAUAGAGGUUAACUGUGAGGAAGGAAACCACUGCAGUGCUGCUAUGACAUCUGUUAGUGGGGAGAGUCCAAUGUUCUGACAUCAUUCAUCAGCAGUUUUUACACUUGAAUGGACUUUGAAGUUUUGGGGUUCUGGUUGGAGUUUUCUAUUUUACUUGCUCUGCCAAAGUGUGUUCCUCAGUUGUGUGUCUUCGUGUUUGUUACAACAAUGACAAUUGGAUCUCAGCUUUACAAGGAGUGCCUUUUAUCAUUAAAAGAUCCAAUGACAUUGGAAUUGUCAUGGACUAUUGGACUGAAAGGCUCAAAUAAAUAAAUAUGAUUAGACAUGAUUUAGAUGGUAAAAUGUAUGAAAUAAAUACAAUGGGGUCUUUUGAGGGGUCACAUAAAUAUGUGACUAAGUGAAGAUACAUUUGCUACCUGCCACAAGUGCCAUGUAUCAAAAAUAUUGAUUUUGGAUUGUCAAUACUUUGAUGAAAAUACCCAAAAUAUAGAGAUUAUCACCAACCCAUCUUAAGGAUCAUUAAAACAUUCACACAAUUAUAAUUUAGUGUUAACUCUCUUUUGAUAUAAAACAAGAUCAAAUUCCCAUUUAGUUAGCUGUUUAGAUGCAUUUUGUGUCGGUUUGUCAAACAGCAUUUAGUUUUGACUCAUUUGUUUAUGAUGACAAUCGUCUAUUUCUACCAUUGCACAAACCACAAUAAGGGGUUAAAAAUAUAAUCAUGCCUGAUACACUUUUGUUAUUCUAUGCAAUUGUAUGGUUGUCACAAAAUGCGGGGUUACUGCUGCUGGUUGUUUUUAUUCAUUAUUCUCAUACAUUCAAACCAAAUAUUUUAUACAUUUAAUUUAUUUUCAAAUGUUUUUUGUUGUAUAAAACUAAAUGUUUUAUGAAAUAACAAACACACUGUUACUAUUUCUCCAUUAAGUUCUCCAUGGUGGUACUACUUUAAUGGUAGAAAUGUUUAUGCUCAUAUUACGCAUUUAAAAUAGCAACUUUCUCCUUUUUUAAAAUUUAUUUAGCAUUUAAUAAUUUCUCUUUUUUUAUUUACAUGUAUCUUGUUUAAAGUGUACUUUCAGUUUGACUUAUUUUUUUAUAUCUGAAACGUUGAAAAAUAAAAUUUGAUUCAUAAUACCUGUUUAUCACGCAGAGCUAUUUGUGUCAAAUAAAGAACAUUAUUGGCAAAUAUGUUUUGAUUUUUACGA